AUGGCGUUAGGUGAACGGAAGAUAGGCCAUUUCUUCCAGGAUCUACUCCUUGUCGCGGCUGCGCCCCUGUUGGCAUAUUACCUCGCCCGACAAAUCAUCUCACGACUUGAUCCUGAAGCCGGCGCGAAAAGCGAAGCCCGACAAAAAGCAGUCGCCGCAUCCUCACGAUUACAAAACAUUCUAUCAAAUCACGAGAAGGCCAACGAAGACGAGUAUGACGACGAUGAGGAUGAACAGCCAUCGAGGUACGAGGAGCGGAGAAAGAAGAAGGAAAUUGUCCUGUCAACAUACGAAGAAACAAUCGCAUCUGAGGUCGUAAGUCCUGACGAGAUACCGGUCACCUUUGACGACAUUGGCGGUCUGGACGAGAUCAUUGAAGAACUGAGGGAAGGCGUUAUUUAUCCCUUGACUAUGCCACACCUAUAUUCAAAGCACUCAAGCCUUCUGACCAGCCCUUCGGGCGUCCUACUCUACGGACCUCCUGGAUGCGGAAAGACCAUGCUCGCUAAAGCUCUCGCCCGAGAGUCUGGUGCCUGCUUCAUCAACCUCCACAUCUCUACACUCACAGAAAAAUGGUAUGGAGACAGCAACAAACUGGUCGCUGCCGUUUUUUCGCUGGCACGGAAACUUCAACCAACCAUUGUCUUUAUCGACGAGAUCGACGCCGUGUUGGGCCAGCGUCGAAGCGGUGAACACGAGGCAAGCGGUAUGGUGAAGGCUGAGUUCAUGACUCAUUGGGAUGGUCUAGCUUCCAGCACUGUGGACUCUGGCGCCCAACAGAUCUGCAUUCUUGGAGCUACGAAUCGGAUGCAAGACAUCGAUGAGGCUAUCUUGCGACGGAUGCCGAAAAAGUUCCCCGUCAACCUCCCGAACGCUGCUCAGCGGCGAUCGAUCUUCGAGCUCACUCUCCGUGACACCAAGAUUGAUCGUAGUGUGGCCAAGAACGGCAACCCAGCUUUUGACAUGGACGCGCUGGUUCGCGUAAGUGCCGGAAUGAGUGGAUCAGAUAUCAAGGAAGCUUGUCGUGAUGCUGCCAUGGUUCCUGUUCGAGAGUAUAUCAGAAUAGCCAAAGCAAGCGGCCGCAAAAUCCGUGGCGGAAUCAAUGGCGAUUCGGUCCGCGGACUGCAAACGGACGAUUUCUUUGGACGGAAGGGUGGUGUUGUCCAACUCCAGCGAGCAGAACCUGAAGAUGACACUCACAGCCAUGUUAGCGGCAGCACUGAGGAAGUCGACAACUUUGAUGAUGAGUAG